GCCUCGUAGCGUUACAGUUUCAAACAAGACGAAUCGAACGACGUACUCGCUCGAUUCGAGUAGAAGAUUUUGUGCGGGAAAUUUCUCCAUCUUUUUCUCUUGGAAUUUCUUUCGAAUUCGAAAAGAAUGAGAGGGUACACAGAGGAGAGAAUAAAGGAUCUGAAAAGCUGGAUAGGAAUCGUGGCGAUGUUCGGGGUGCUUUGCGCGAAUGGAAUCGUGUCUGCACAGCCUGUGUACGAAAGAAUUACGCGUGAAAGUGAAAACACGAUGAGCAUCUACGACACGUUGUUAAAUUUUUCGAAGAUGGGAGAGAUCGGUGCAGCGGAAGAAUUGAAUCGAGAGAUAUCAGAAACGAGUAAAGAACGAUACAAACGAUUAUCGGACCAAAGGCGAGCAGAACUAGAGACCUUGAUGGCGCUUUCGAAAAUGACGGGGAAAUUGGUGAACGCGAUCAGGGAAGGGCGUGAAUCGCAGUCAAGCAAGACAAACGGACGCAAAAAAUCUUCGAUCGCGAAAAGAUCGAUCUUCGAUAUAAAUAUGAAGAAUCUGCAAAAACUCUUCAGAUUAUCGGGCAAAUUGGGAUACAAAGGAAACGCUGCGUAUCCAGUUAUCAGUUGAGAUUAUGGAAAAUUACAAAUAAUAUUGGAAUGAAUUUAUUAUUUGUCUAAAAAGAUACAUCGAGU